UAGGAUAAAUAAUUUGAAACCGAGGGAACAAUAGAUUAUAAGGUUUAUUAAAACAACACCCUUCAGAAGCUAUUUUAGGCAGGGGUUUACAAUGUGUUAAUGGAUACAUCAUACAUCAUACAUGCACGAUGGGAUUUCUCCUGAAAUCGAGUACUGAUGAAGCAUGCUGGGACGAAGAAAUUAACGAGCAUCUCAGUUUCAAACCUUCCAUUCAAUGUACAAUUCAGACUGAAAUGCAACACAAAGGGCAGAGGAAUGGACUUGUUCUGCUGCAUCAAGCAUAGCAUCCAAACGCAUUCCGAGCUGUAAUAAGCUGUUGCUCUGCUCCUCCCACCGCUCAGGCGCUCACCCACAUCGAUCGCCUGCUUUCUUCUUCCCAAUCCCAACACCACGAGCUCGCCAUCAAUAUGCACGGCCGCAUACACACGCAUGCCAUUGCCAUUGCCAUUGCAUGCACGAGUGAGAGAGUUCACAUGACAAAAGAAGCGAGAGCUAUCCAACCAAAAACCAAUCAAACCAAGCAAAAGCACACGCCCAGCUAAGCCAAGCUCACCUAGAUGCAUGGGGAAUCCACCUUAAAAUUGUCAAAAGGCUGCGCAAUUAAUCCGUAACAAACAAACACACACACUAGUCAACCUUCCCCUGCUCCCCAGUCACCCACCACCAGAUCAACCAAAAGCAGAAGAAGCAGCCAUCUCCACCCGUGGAUUCUGCAGCUUAAAUACCUCUCCUUUCUCCCGCUUCCGCUGCACACAACACACACGCAGCAAUAGUCGAGCACGAAGAUAGUGGAUAGGCUAGCUGUAGCUAAGCUCAUCGGGGAUUCUGAUCAUGGCCAACCGGCGGCCGGUGCUGGUGCUCUUGCUCAUGGCCGCCGUGUGGGUGGCCGGCGUCGUCGUCGACGCUCGGCAUGACCCUGCGGUGGCGUGGGUAUGGAGGCAGAGCAUGGUGGGGGGCGAGGGCUGCGGCGACAAACAUAGUACAGCCACCAUCAGUGGUGGCGGUGUCGGUGUAGGAGGUGGCGAGGGUGGCGGUGUUGGUGUAGGUGGCGGCGUGGGUGGUGGCACUGGCGGUGGGGCUGCAGGUGGUUUGGGUGGAGGUGGAGGUGGAGGCGGAGGCUUAGGAGGGAGUGGUGGUCUUGGUGGAGGAGGCAUGGGUGGCAGUGGCGGGUUUGGAGGUGGAGGUGGAGGUGGAGUUGGCGGUGGUGUUGGUGCUGGAUUCGGAAGCGGAGGGGGUGUAGGUGCCGGUGGUGGUCUCAGGGGUGGAGGUGGAGUAGGGGCGGGUGGUGGCGGUGGAUUUGGUGGUGGUGCCGGGGGUGGUGGUGGCAUUGGUGCUGGUGGCGGUUUCGGAGGAGGUGCUGGUGCAGGAGGUGGAGUUGGUGGUGGGGGCAGAUUCGGAGGAGGUGGAAUGGGUGGUGGCGGUGGGUUUGGAGGUGGUGCAGGAGGUGGAGUUGGUGGUGGGGGCGAACUCGGAGGAGGUGGAAUGGGUGGUGGCAGUGGGUUUGGAGGUGGUGCAGGUGGUGGGUUUGGUGCCGGAGGGGGUGUGGGUGGUGGCAUAGGAGUUGGCGGAGGCAUGGGAGGUGGUGCCAGUGGUGGCAUUGGAGGUGGUGCUGGAGGUGGCAUGGGGGGCGACAUAGGAGGAGGUGCUGGAGGCGGCGUUGGAGGUGGCGGUGGGGGUGGGAUGGGAGGUGGAGGAGGUUUUGGAGGCGGUGGCGGUGUUGGUGGUAAUACAGGUAGAGAUUUCGACGGGGGCAAGGGCAAUGGCCUCAAUGGUGGUGAUGGUGCUAGUGGAGGCAUUGGUGGAGGUGCCAGUGGUGGCUUUGGAGGUGGUGCAGGAAUCGGUGAAGGAGUCGGCAAUGGCUUUGGGGUUGGAGCUGGUGCUGGCACAGGAUUGGGCAGCGGCUUCGGAUGGAGUGGUGGUGCUGGAGGCGGGUUCGGAACUGGUGGUGGAAGCGGGUUCGGCGGAGGCCUUGGAGGCGGUGGUGGUAUAGGUGGAGGACUUGGAGUGGGCGGUGGCACUGGGGGUGGGUCUGGAGCAAACGAAGGUGCUGGGAUGGGGGGCGGUAUUAGUAGCGGAGCUGGAGCAGGCGGCGGACUUGGAGUUGGUGGCGGUGGUGGUGCAGGAGGAGGAAUUGGUGCAAGCAGGGGUGCUAGAGGUGGGUCCGGAGCAGGUGGAGGUGCCGGGAUGGGUGGUGGCGUUGGUGCCAGAGCUGGAGGAGGCGGAGAACACAAAAGAGGUGGCGGGAAGCACCAUGGCGGAAGUGGCAGUGGGGUCCUAGGUCGUUUCAUUUGAGCGUGGCCAAACGAAGGGAGCGCAUGCAUGCUGGAUUAGUCUCUUGGUUUCAGCUUUGGAUCAAUAAUUAAUCGAACAGUAGCUAAUAAGGAUGAUAUGUCUCACUCUAGUUUGGUUAUUAGGGUCACUAGUUUCGUCUUCCGCCACUUAAUUUCUUACCGUAUUUGUAUUUUGUAUUUCAUGUUUCAUUUAUGCCCACCUUUGGAAUUACAGAAAAAUUGACUACAUUGAGAAAUUGAAACUAA